UCUUCCCACGCCUUUGUCUUGUUCCUUUGUUUUUGUUGCCACCAAGGAGACAGUAUAAAUAUGUUGGAUCCAGGAGUAGCCGCUCGCCCCCUUUGCUAUUACUGCUCUCCGCCAUGGCUGUCCACAUCUUGGACACAAGGUUUCAACUGGCUCCACCUUACGAGCAUUAUUUCACCUUCUCCAUCGACGUAGCGGCAACUCUAGAGUUGUACUGUGAUGGGGGUGACGAGGGCAUGCUGAAAAGGCUGGAUGGUUUUCAGGAUAGAAAAUAUGCCGGACAAUGCUUAGAGAUUGAAAAACCGGAUAAAGAGCAACCUAAAUACCACGUUAUCUGCAUUCGGCCAGUACAGCAAGGCCUUACGAAGGCUCAUCCUCGGAAACCCGACUAUGCACGGCCCACUAUGUGCGUUCCUAUCUUGCCGGAAACCGCCCAUCCCAAGUCAAGAGAACCUCUGACGCUGUCAAAACUGCUGCCGUGGGACCAUUGCUACCAUCCUACUUGCUACGAUCUUUGGGCGCGCGUGCGAACCGAAUGGCGGGACUAUCAUGACUCACCUCGUGCCCAGUUUUCCGAAUCGCUUUGCGAAGCCCUCGAGGAGGAUGGGCGUUAUCGUCAACUUCUCCGGGCUGGACUCGAUGAUGCAAGAAUUCAAAGAAUUCUCGAUGGUCAAGAAGAUGCCCCGGACACAGACGACGCUUCAGAGAUUGAUGGUCGAACCUGCAAGACGUUCCUGGCCAAGGUGCCGGAAUUUGAUGAUCCUGAAGAAGAUGGGAUUUUCGUACCGGUUAUGCGUAUCAAUCACAUCUUGUCGAACGUUCCAGAGAUAUCUGAUCCGUCGCAGCUAUGCGGGGAUGUCGAUCUUUUCCGGGAGAUCGUACAGGAGCAUCAACUCGCACGCUAUGGAUCCGUCCUUUUCGACCCUCCAGAAGAGCCAGAGGUUGACGACACGUCUGUUGCGGACGACUUUUCAUUUACUUAUAGUAUCACACCGGGGGGAUCUUACUCAAGUUUGACGGAAGAACUCGGCUCUGACCGCCCAGACACGCAUGAACUGGACUCGACGUCCGAAGAGUCUCCUCCGGUGUCGGAGCCUAUUCGGAAAGGAAAAUGGAGAGUCAAAUCGCUCCUCCGGCGAGCGAUGAGGAAUUUCGUGGAGCUGGUGAAGUGGCGCAAAUUCUCCAGCAAGUUAUGAUUCGUUCUGCAGGACAGACGAACAAAAUUC